AUGUGGUUGUACAGAGGUGUGAAAGUACCAGGAAAAAGCGAUAAAGUUGAGGCCUCGUUAUCUGCGGUGCAUCAGAUAUCGUCCGAAAGCCUCGGUUCUAUAUGCCUCACCAGGCGCUAUAAGUCCCUUCAGGUACCAAUCGCUACCGAUAGAUACGACAGCACCAGGCAGAAGGCCGAUAUGGCUGCCAAGAUACUGCAGAACGUGGGAUUUCGCAAUAAUAAAGAUGUUUCCGACAGUGUAGCGCGAAAUCUUCUAAGAUCGGAGCCGCGUGUUGUGGGCUCUAGAGUUUUAACUACAAACGCUAGUAGCGGUCAACUGACCGCAGUUUACUGGUGGACAAAACCGCCUGAUGAACAAGAUUUAGGUAGAAAGAAAAAUAUUAGUAAAGAAACGCAGAUACGAAAGGGAUUGAAUUCUGAAUACCCUUGGUAUGAAAACGAGGAGAGGGAGGCAAUGAGCUCAUUCAACGUAUCAUACAGUGGUUGGUGGACCUUUCCUUACUUUUCUUGUGAGACAAAAUCUUGGUUGCUGUCUUACAGUACUAGAGUUUUACCUGUCAACCAAUCCGAUGGGUUGAACGGAUUCUUGAGCCUCGACAUCGACUUGUCGAAUCUGAAAUUGAAUCAGUGCGACAGAGCAAAUGAUUCCGAAUCGCAGGAAAUUCACGCGUUCUGGGGUUCGCACAAAUGUCAACGGGAAAGCACCCAGUGUGAAACGCGCUCUGGGAGCGAAUGGUCUAAAGGGGCAUAUCAAUGUGUUUGCCGACAAGGAUAUUAUUCAAUCAAACAUCCGGAUGGUUUUAAUGGAUCGAUAGUAGAAGUGGCAUACGAGGAAGAGCGGAAUAACAUUAGUACAAUAUACAGUGAUGUAUUUGUUUGCCAGAAAUGCGCUCCUGGAUGCACCGAAUGCACAGGGCCGGCUCCGUGUUUGGCAGCAUACAACUGGCCCUUCAGGAUUUCCUUGCUCUCUGUAUCUGUGGCAUGUACCAUAUGCACCCUGAUAUUAGCAAUUUACAUGAAUCAAAGUAGGAAAAAAAGAAUAUUUAGAGUACCCAGUCCGAUAUUUUUAACAAUAACGUUGAUGGGUUGUGCCGUCAUGUAUUUGGAGAUGGCCGCGAUUUUUCCAAUAUUGGAUUCAUAUUCAUGUAUUGCCACCAAAUGGUCGAGACAUUUUGGAUUUUGUGUAACAUACACUGCGUUAAUAAUGAAGACAUGGAGAGUUUCAUUAACCUAUCGAGUAAAAUCUGCACAUAAACUAAAACUCACCGAUAAGCAACUGCUACAAUGGAUGUUCACAAUUGUUCUAAUUAUGAUAAUUUAUCUGGGAACAUGGACACUCUCUGGGUCACCUAAAGCGGAAGAGAUAACAGACAGCCAAGGACUGCGUUUCAAGCAGUGUUCCUAUAAUUGGUGGGAUCACAGUUUGGCCAUAGGUGAGGUCUUAUUUCUGGCUUGGGGCAUUCGUGUUUGCAGCAACACGAGGAACGCGGCCCCAAUGUACCGCGAAGCCAAACUUAUAACGUACGCCAUCUACAACAUCGCUUUAGUCAACAUCACGAUGGUGACUUUCCAUUUGCUUAUAUUUCCACAAGUUGGUCCGGACAUUAAAUAUUUGCUCGGAUUUAUUCGAACGCAACUUUCUGCAUCAGUAACGAUAGCGUUAGUCUUCGGCCCAAAGGUGUUCAAAGUACUUCAUGGCCAAGGUGAUCAGUGGGAUGAAAGGGGAAGUGCUAAAGGAGCGACUUCGUUUUCGCUAAAUGGAAUCGGAUCGGGUCCUGAUAAAGCUUAUGAUGUAUUUGAAGAAAAUAGAGAAUUAAAGGAAAAACUUCAAAAACUUACGGCGCAGAUCGAAUUCAUGAAAAGCAACCAAAACGAGCCACAAAAUAAGUCAAAGCUAACAAAGGCCAUGGUUAACGGCCCAGAGGAUCCAGGUAACCCAUCAAAUCCCAGUAGCAGUGGAUGCAGCAUCGCAAACAACAAUCAAAAGGCACAAAUUAGUAGCGAUAACGCCUCCACUAAUGUGUGA